GCGGGGCGCGGGGCUCGGCGCUGCCCCGGCCGGCCGAGCAUGCACUGAGGCGAGCGGCGCCGGGCUCGGAGCCGCCCCGCUGCAUGCUGUGCGGAGCCACGGUCGCGAUAAUAAAUGAUAGAGGAUACAAUGACUUUGCUGUCUCUGCUGGGUCGGAUCAUGCGUUACUUCUUGCUCAGACCGGAGACCUUGUUCUUGCUGUGCAUCAGCCUGGCACUGUGGAGUUAUUUCUUCCACACGGAUGAGGUGAAAACCAUUGUGAAGUCCAGCAGGGAUGCGGUGAAGAUGGUGAAGGGCAAGGUGGCCGAGAUCAUGCAGAAUGACAGGCUCGGGGGUUUGGACGUGCUGGACGCGGAGUUCUCCAAGACCUGGGAGUUCAAGAGCCACAACGUGGCCGUGUACUCCAUCCAAGGCCGGAGGGACCACAUGGAGGACAGGUUCGAAGUGAUCACCGACCUGGUGAACAAGACUCACCCCUCCAUCUUCGGGAUAUUUGAUGGGCACGGAGGAGAGUCCGCAGCGGAGUACGUGAAGUCGCGGCUGCCCGAGGUGCUGAAGCAGCACCUGCAGGACUACGAGCGGGACAAGGAGAACAGCGUGCUGUCCUACCAGAGCAUCCUGGAGCAGCAGAUCCUGUCCAUCGACAGGGAGAUGCUGGAGAAGCUCACCGUGUCCUACGACGAGGCAGGCACCACGUGUCUGAUCGCGCUGCUGUCCGACAAGGAGCUGACCGUGGCCAACGUGGGCGACUCGCGGGGCGUGCUGUGUGACAAGGACGGCAACGCCAUCCCCCUGUCCCACGACCACAAACCCUACCAGCUCAAGGAGAGGAAGAGGAUUAAGAGGGCUGGUGGAUUCAUCAGCUUCAACGGCUCGUGGCGCGUGCAGGGCAUCCUGGCCAUGUCGCGCUCGCUGGGCGAUUACCCCCUGAAGAACCUGAACGUGGUGAUCCCUGACCCCGACAUCCUGAGCUUUGACCUGGACAAACUGCAGCCAGAGUUCAUGAUCCUGGCCUCAGAUGGGCUGUGGGACGCCUUCAGCAACGAGGAGGCCGUGAGGUUCAUCAAGGAGCGCCUGGACGAGCCGCACUUCGGGGCCAAGAGCAUCGUGCUGCAGUCCUUCUACAGGGGCUGCCCCGACAACAUCACAGUCAUGGUGGUGAAGUUCAGGAAUAGCAGCAAAGCAGAGGAGCAGCAGUGAGGGCCCCCCAAGCCCAUCAGGACUCAGAACAGUUUCUCUGUAGUUGGAAGCUCCAGAAGCGCCGCCGGGGCUCUCGCGGGAGGAACGGAUCUCUCUGGGCUCUGUUCUUGGCUUGACUAAAGGAGCAAUACCACAAAUCCAUGCUGAGCCACCACAAGAAUCCAGUUUGUCCCCGUGUCCCUGCUGCUCCUUAGGAACCAGUGGAAGCUGCCAUUUCUCCCUUUUCUUUAGCAGCCCUGUGUAGAUUUUUGGAUCCCUCCCCUCUCAGGGGCACGGCAGGGUCAGGGCGGUGCUGCUGCUUCUCCCCCGUGGCUGUCACUGCUCACAAGCUGCUCUCACGUUCCUCAUCUCUAACCUGCAGUGAUCAGGGUGGACAGGAGAAGGGUUUGUGACGAGAAGGAGGAAGAGGAGCCAACUCUCAGCCUGCUGCCACUGCUGGCUCUCGCUUUGUUUGACCUCUCCCCGAAAUAAACCCCUGCCGAGCAUGUGAGUAGGUAAAGCUCCUGAGUCACCACCUUUAUUCAGGCUGUGCAUUACUCUAGAACAGUUCUUCUAGGCCAUCUGGUACCCAAACCAAGCAAUGGUGAACUUCAGCAAAAUCCUGGGAGUCCUGAACCUCCUGGAUGGGAGCAGAGCUCAGCUGGGAGAGCAGGAUGUCUACCCUUCACCGAGAAUCACCCUGACCUUAUUUCUGUGCAGAGAGAUGUGAGAGGAAGUGAAUUCCACUGGUGACUGUUGGGAACCUCAUCCAGGCCUUCCUCAGAGCUGCCCAGCUGGAAGUCAAGCCUGUGAGAGACUUCCAGGUGGAUUUGUGGUGUUAAUCCCAGGGCAGACCCCUCUGGAAGCAGCUUUUGGGAUGACAUGCAAAUGCCAGGCAGCAACAAUGCACUGUAGAGAUGAAAGCUUGUGUUAAAUCUAGAUUUUAAAAGUAUGUUUAGACCUAACUUUCAGUAUUUAAUUGUAUUUUGGGAUGUGUGACUGCUGUAAGUUGGAAUGAGGACAGUUUGAGUUUGCUGCACCUCUGGUAGCAGCUGUGUCAUGGCAGAGGGACUGGGCAGGCAGGAUUUGGGAUGGAAUUGGGAUGGAAUUGGGAUGGAAUUGGGAUAUCCUCAUCCUGCCUGACAAAAGUCCUUGGGAUCUCCCCCAGAACGUGGUCCUGGACAAUCUGCUCAAGCCUUCAGGGUGCUGGAGGCUGCCUGGGUUUGGGUCUGAGGUGGAUCAGGGAUGGGAGGGAUUACCUGUUCCUUGGGAAAGUCCAGCAUUCCUCAUUUCCCAGCUGCCUGGCACCCACAGCUCACCUGCAGGGGUUUUUGGGGAGGCUGAGCUGUGCUGGGGAGGUGCUGAGGGGUCAGGGUCUCUCAAGGCAAAAAUCAAAGAGCACAAAUUUCUGCUCAAGGAGGAAUCCCCAUCUUUGUCCCUCCAGUUUUGUCCCUAGGUCACCUCUCCCCCAACAAAGGGGGAUAAUUUGUCCCUUAAUUAUUUUGUCUGGGGAUAAUCUCAGCCCUUAAUUGGCUCUGGUGGUGUUUCCAGUGCUGUGCAAAAUGUGUUUGGAUCCCUCUGCUCAUCCUGAACUCCAGGGAGAGCCCCUGGGGAGUGUCCAGCAGCAUCUGGAGCAGCAGGCUCAGCCUGCCCUGCUCCUUUCCCAGAGGAUGGGAAUUCCUGAGGUUUUCCAUCCCCUGCACAUCCCCAGUGGCUCUGAGGUGCAGCCAGCAGGAAAUGGGAAUAAUGCAGAGCACUCCAGUUGUUCCAGUGUGAAAAGGGAGCUGAGGGCAGAGCACUGGGAAGUGCAGGCCUGGGGUGGUGAUUCCAUGGGAAUGCUGGAUCCUGGGCUGGGAAUGGCACAGCAGCUCCAGGCACAGCUCAGAGAGUGGAGUUUGCCUUCCCUGGAGACAUUCCCAUUGUGCCUUUCCUUUGGAGGGCACAGGAGAAUCCAGCCAGCAGCCCUGAAGAUGUUUGUGUGCAGGGAGAUCUCCCUGACCAGCCCUGGAGAAGCUGCAGUGAGGGUCAUGAUGGUCAUUGGUCAUUCCCAAAAAUCCAGGAGAGGUGACAGCACUGGGAUGGGAGCUGCUGGCUGCACAGACAUCCAUGGAUCCUCCACCUCUGGAGCACAGCUGGCUGCCCCUCCAGCCCUGGGACAGCCAGAAGGAGCUGCAGGAAUUCCCAACCAGGAGAAA